ACAGUCACACACUUUCACAACAAGCAAGACGACUCAGCUUGUCUGGACUGUUUGAAAUUACUGUUGUGUUUUUAAAGAAAAGGAGAGUUGGAUCAGGACUUGAGGACCCUUUUUGGACUUUUUUUUACCUCCUGUUUUGGAGUUAACUAAGCUUUUCCAUGGGGGAAACUCUCCCAAGGGUCCACGGAGGGGCCCAGCAAUACAGUGACACUUUGCGCAGACCAGUGCAUACUCUCAGGGUUAAGAUGGUCCUGCUGGGGAGCUCUGGUGUUGGAAAGUCGAGUCUGGCUUUGCGAUUUAGCAAGGAUGAGUUCAGGAGUACAUCGCCCACUGUAGGCUGUGCUUACCUCACCCAGUUGGUGCGUCUGAGUAAUGCCACUCUUCGCUUUGAAAUCUGGGACACGGCAGGCCAGGAAAAAUACCACAGCGUCACUCCGCUGUACUACAGGGGAGCCCACGUAGCACUUUUGGUCUAUGAUAUCACGCAAAGGGAAACAUUUGUCAGAGCUCAGGUGUGGCUCAAAGAGCUCGAGAAACAGUACAUACCAGGAUCUACUGUUAUAUGGCUGGUAGGCAACAAAGGAGAUCUGGCUCACAAUCGGCAAGUGCCACUGGAGGAAGGACAAAGUCUAGCCAGUAACAAGGGCUUGUACUUCACUGAGACCUCAGCCCUCUCUGGAGAGCAAGUCACCGAGCUGCUGCAAUCCGUAGCCCACAGAGUGUUCGAGUGCAUUGGAGCACAGCAGGGAGGUCUGACAGAGUGGGAGGAGAUGCCGAGUGUGGAGCUGCAGCACAGAGACUCGUUCAAUCUGUUUUCAUCCUGCUGCAAAGUUGGACCUUAAGCUGUAUGACUGCCAGUGGCUUGGCUGCCUGUUUCUGUUGUGUCUUUCUGUUUGUCUUAAUUAUUUCAAAGAUGGGAUACGUAACAUGACAAUAAAAUGCUUGUGGAUUUUGGAA